CCCACUUCUUUAAGUCUUCACUCACUACUCACGCCGAACCUAACCCUGAAGAAUAUUCCGACAACAAAAGAAUCCUCUGUCGGGAAAUUUUAGAAAUAGAGGACUUCCUAUUAUGCGUGGAAAUUCUCGCUCUUCCGCUCCAAUAGCUUGGGAACGGACACCGCAGCACCUGAGAGCAGUAGUCCUACGUGUCCAGAUUCGUAGGAACAGUAUGAGGACAUUCGGCCGCUUUUUGGCUGCGAUCUAGUCUUUUCAAGCCUACGUGGCAAUAUUCCUAGAUCUACGUGUUUGCUUUGCAUAUUGUCGGCUAUCGAUGGUUGUUGUCAGCGUGGGGUUUGGAAGGGAAGAUGCGUGAAACAGCUAGGUAGUGCAAGUGUUUUAAAUCCGUGCGUAGUGCUUUGAUCAAAUGCAGGCAGUUGUGUAUUGCUGUUAUUAGACGGUAGGAUUUGUGAAUCUGUCCCGUCUCUCGACGUUCUUUUUUUCUCGUCAGAUCGCCAUGGCGGCAACAUCUAUGAUGCGAUCGGGAUCGCUUGCUGAAAUUCGUCGUCCAGUGGAAUCUAAAUGUUUUUCAAAGGGAGUCUGCAAAAAUGGAAGCGUUAAAAUGUCCAGUGGAAGCGAUUUCUUUGGAUCUGCAGUGCAGUUUGGGCAGAGUUCACGAUUACAAUGCCAGAGUGCUAGACCAUUGCAACCAAUUAGAGCUACUGCCACAGAAAUGCCUCCCAGGGUUCAGCAAUACUCUGGAAAGGAGAAGACUAAGAUUGCAAUCAAUGGGUUCGGUCGCAUUGGACGAUUGGUUUUGCGUGUUGCAUUGGGAAGGGGUGAUAUUGAAGUAGUUGCAGUUAACGACCCUUUCAUUGAUGUCAAAUAUAUGGCUUACAUGUUCAAGUACGAUUCAACACAUGGUAUAUACAAGGGGAGCAUUAAUGUUGUGGAUGAUAAGACACUUGAAAUUGACGGCCACAAAAUUACAAUUACUUCCAAGAGGGACCCUGCAGAGAUUCCAUGGGGUGAUUUUGGAGCUGAUUAUGUUGUAGAGUCGUCUGGUGUAUUUACCACAACUGAAAAGGCAUCUGCACAUCUCAAGGGUGGUGCUAAAAAGGUUGUGAUCUCAGCUCCAUCAGCAGAUGCCCCUAUGUUUGUGGUUGGAGUAAAUGAAGAGACCUACAAGUCUGAGAUGGCUAUUGUUUCUAAUGCAAGCUGCACAACAAAUUGUCUUGCUCCCCUUGCAAAGGUUGUGCAUGAAAAGUUUGGUAUUGUUGAGGGUCUUAUGACAACUGUUCAUGCAACAACAGCUACACAGAAGACAGUGGAUGGCCCCUCAAUGAAGGAUUGGCGUGGAGGUCGUGGUGCUGGACAAAAUAUUAUUCCAAGCUCAACUGGUGCUGCAAAGGCAGUUGGAAAGGUUCUUCCAGCAUUGAAUGGGAAGCUAACUGGAAUGGCUUUCCGUGUCCCAACACCUAACGUUUCUGUUGUGGAUCUUACCUGUAGGCUAGAGAAACCAGCAUCUUAUGAUGAUAUAAAAGCAGCACUGAAGAGUGCAUCGGAAGGAUCUCUGAAGGGCAUCCUUGGAUAUACUGAAGAUGACGUGGUCUCAAAUGAUUUUGUUGGGGAUGACAGGUCAAGUAUCUUUGAUUCUAAGGCCAGUAUAGCAUUGAGCCCUCAAUUUGUGAAGUUGGUCUCGUGGUAUGACAACGAAUGGGGAUACAGCAACCGGGUUGUGGAUUUGAUUUCACACAUGGCAUUCGUUGGUUCUCGCAAAUGAAAUCUGUUGUAAUUUUAAGUAUUUCAAUUAUCGUUUGAGAACCUUUGAGUCAAGGUUUAUCUAGAGAAAGGGUACCUAGUUUAGCACUCAGAAAGCUAAGGGAUAGGGUUGUGAGGAGGUUUUUGGGAGUAUCUCUGAUAAGAUGUGCUAUCCAUGUUCGAGGAUGGUAAAUUUUUUGAUAGGGUAUUCUAUGCCUUUAUUACAUCUGUUUUUGGAAUAAAUUUCAUCUGCAUCGGUUUUAUUGAAUUUGAAAUUAAACAUAUUCGCGUCGUUUUUAAUGUCA